AGCAGUGCCCUUGCGGCGCAGCCCGGUCGCCGCUUCACUCCGAGCGGUCAGCGCGGCGUGGCGGCUCGGACUCGAGGAGGCCUGCUGUCGGUGUCACCAUGCUCUCCCGAGCGGCGUACAGCACGAGUCGGAAGCUGGUGCCAGCCCUGGGGUCCCUGGGCUCCAGGCAGAAGCACAAACUCCCCGACCUACCGUACGAUUAUGGCGCCCUGGAACCUCACAUCAACGCCCAGAUCAUGCAGCUGCACCACAGCAAGCACCACGCGGCCUACGUGGACAACCUGAAUAUCACCGAGGAAAAGUACCAAGAGGCGCUGGCGAAGGGUGACGUCACAGCGCAGAUAGCUCUUCAGCCCGCACUGAAGUUCCACGGCGGAGGCCAUGUCAAUCAUAGCAUUUUCUGGACAAACCUGAGCCCCAAAGGCGGGGGAGAACCCACAGGGGAAUUGCUUGAAGCCAUCAACCGUGACUUCGGUUCCUUCGCCAAAUUUAAGGAGAAGUUGACCACUGUUUCUGCUGGCGUUCAAGGCUCAGGUUGGGGUUGGCUUGGUUUCAAUAAGGAACAAGGACGCUUACAGAUUGCUGCUUGUUCUAACCAGGACCCCCUGCAAGGAACAACAGGUCUCGUUCCACUGCUGGGGAUCGACGUGUGGGAGCACGCUUACUACUUGCAGUACAAAAAUGUCAGGCCCGAUUACCUGAGAGCUAUUUGGAAUGUAAUCAACUGGCAGGAUGUCAGUGAUAGAUACAAGGCUUGCAAAAAGUAGAACGCCCACAUCGCACCGAGCACACAAGGCCUUUCUGGCUGUUUCUGUAGUGAUGCACAGUACCUUCAUAUACUCAGGCUGCUUUGUUGUGGUGAAUCUGAAUGUAGCUGAUUCAAGUAUUUGAUAAACAUAAUUUAGCGCUAUGAAUAAUGUCCUGUUUUAAAAUUUUGUUACUGGGCAUCUGUUUGAAAAUACUGCUUUGUAUGAUUUAACCUUCCGAUUGAACAGUUUCUUCACAGAAAGUACCAGGAGGUUGUUAAUGCCACCAAAAAACCGUCAGAAGUAUCGCAUCCCUAUACAAUUGGGGCCUCUUGGGAAGCCUUUCUGAUCCCAUUCUACUGCAUUUGCAGAAAAUUUAGUCUUUUAACCCAGUUUAACAAUAAAAUAUUAAAUUUUUUUCCCAAGGGAAAUAUUUAGUUUUCUAUUGAAAAGUGCUUUUUUUGUAAGUAAUCCUAUGUCUAAUAUUCCUUCUUGUAGACAUCACCCAGUGAUCUUUAUUUAUAGUCACAUGUUGCACAGAGUUAACACAAUUUUGUCAUUAAAAGAUAUAUGUUGUGAUUGCCAA